AUGACUUCUUCUAAGAUUUUCACGAUCGUUGCCAUUGUUGCAGUUUUUGUUCCUUCAGUUUUGGGGAUUGAACAUUUGGUUGUUUUCAAGUGCACACCAGAAGCACACAAUGUGUUAAAAGUAAAUGGAACUGGAUUCCAAGAGUGCAAGGCAACAGCUGAUACUGUGCCCUUGACUCCUGGAAAUGAUGUGAUUCCACUCUCAACUCCUGGAAGGAAAUGGUACAUUUGUGGUGUGGCCAAACAUUGUGAAUCUGGGAACCAGAAACUUGCCAUUACUGUGUUGGCUCAAUUGGGAUCUCCUUCAACAUCACCUUCUCCCAGUCCAACCGGUACCUCAGCAUCCGAAGCAUCAGGCAGCAUUGCAUCUAGAUACUAUGGCUUGCUUGUGGCCAUAGUUGGCAUUCUUGGGAUGGUCAUUUUUUAA